AUGGUUAUAGCUCCGCCCUUGUCGGCUGUUAACUCCAAUGUUGUCUUCUCAUUACUGAAUUUUACAAUUUCGUGUUUUUCUCUUGCAUAUCUACAUUUUCAAACUUUCUUUCUUCCUUUAUUUCUGUCUUUCUUUCUAUCUAUCUAUCUAUCUAUCUAUCUAUCUAUCUAUCUAUCUAUCUAUCUAUCUAUGCGGAUGGUACUCCUUUUUAUUUAUUUCUUCUUUGACCAUUUUCUCUUUCUUUCUUUCUUUCUUUCUUUCUUUCUUCAAUUGUUCCCUUUCUUUCUUUCUUUCUUCAAUUGUUCCCUUUCUUUCUUUCUUUCUUUCUUCAAUUGUUCUCUUUCUUUCUUUCUUUCUUUAAUUGUUCUCUUUCUUUCUUUCUUUCUUUCUUCAAUUUUUUUUCAUUCACUUUUAAUUCAUCCGUCCAUGUUUAUUUCUGUAAGAACCUUCAAAUACUUUCUUUUAUUUACUAACUUUUUCUUUAAUUCUCUUUGGUUGUUUAUUCGUUUCGGUUUUUUUUGUUCUUACUUAGUUUUAAUUGUUCUUUUUUUUCCUUUUUUUCUUUUUUCUUCAUUUCCUUAUCACAUUGUCUUUUUUAUAUUCUGUCUCUUUACACUCUUGACUUUUUUAAUUCUUUCAUUCAUCCUUUAA